AUGAAUAUUGAAAACAAGGAAGAUAGACUCACUGAUUUACCAGAUUCCAUUCUCCAUCACAUUCUCUCCUUAUUGGACACCAAAGAAGCUUUUCAAACUUGCAUACUCUCCAAACGAUGGAAGAAUCUACCAAACCAUAUUCCAACUCUUAGAUUAAGUUCCACGGGCUUUAACUCUUUUGACUGUUUCAUCAAAUUGCUGACUCAAAUUUUGUCUCUUCGCGAUGAUUCAACUGCCCUCCACAGUCUAGAUUUUUACCGCCCACAGGAUUUCGUGGACCCUGAAAUACUCGAAAGCAUGGUAAAUUACGCCAUUUCACAUAAUGUCCAGCUAUUACGAAUCUCUGUCAGUUGUGAUAUUCAACAACUUCAGUCUAGCUUAUUUUCAUCUCAAACCUUAACGUCUCUUGACCUUUCCAUUCACUAUUAUAUCCAUCAUUGGAAAAUAUUAUUUCCGAGUUCUCUGAAUUUGCCAGCAUUAACCACCUUGACUCUAACAGGCUUCUACUUUCGCUCUGACAAUAAUGGCUGCGCUGAACCCUUCUCGUCCUUGAACAAACUGAAUACUUUGAUCAUUAGAAAUUUGAGAUUUCUGAAAGGACAAAGUCUUUGUAUAUCAAGUACAACGCUUGUCAACUUAACUAUAUAUGGAUAUUAUCUUUAUAACAAGUACAAAAGCAAAAUCAUGUUAUCUGCUCCGUAUCUUUCUACAUUUGCUUUUACUGGCACUCCGAAUCAAACACUAUGUGUGAGCCAUCCUUGUUCUAUUACACACUUAUACAUUGAUGUAGAAGACAUCAGCUGGGUCGAAGAGGAUUCUGCAACCCUACUCAGCUGGCUGCUUGAGCUUGCUAAUAUCAAAUCAUUAACAGUCUCUUCUAAUACUCUUCAGGUUCUCUCCUUUGUUCCUAAGGUUAAACUCACUUCCUUAUGUAACUUGGAGUUGCUACAAGUAGAAAUGAAACCUCUUACAACUGGAUUAGACUUGAAACUGCAUAUGUUCAAUAAAGAAGGUUCUGGAAUUCAUUUGAAGAAAACUAAAUUCAUACCUGCUGGAGUAGUGGAAUUUUUGCUUCAAAACUCACCUUUAGCAAAGAUUAACAUAAAAAAUAAUGAUGAUUAA